CUGUCAGUCUGAUUGCAGCUAGAACAUUUCCUGCUUUGUCAGCGCCACCCCUUUUAAUGUGCUGGUUUCUUUUCCCCUUCUUCCUACAGCUGAGUGAAGAAUCGAUCCUUUCUUACCACUGGCUGUUUCUCCUUUUUCUGCUUCCCCUAACGCAGGAAAAUCUAGUUGCUGCCAUGGAGAUCCAGGAGGUGGACCUCACAGAAAUGACCUCCAUUAUCAAGUCCCAGGUGAUCUUAGAGGUGUCCAGUAAAGUCCAGUCGCUGCUAGAUUCCCUCGAAAUGACCACCCUCGAGAUUGCCGUGACGGGCGAAUCGGGUGCGGGGAAAUCCACCUUCAUUAAUGCUCUGCUGGGGCUCAAAGACGGUGAUCCACGCGCUGCCCCUACGGGUGUCAUUGAGACCACGAACUCACCCACCCCUUACCACCACCCUUGUCUCCCUAGGGUGAGGCUUUGGGACCUCCCCGGGACAGGCACGCCCAGCUUCCAAGCAGAGCAUUACCUGAAGCAGGUGGAAUUUGAGAAAUAUGACUUCUUCAUCAUUUUGGCCUCGGAGCGGUUCCGACAGAACCACGCCGAACUGGCCUGUGCUGUGGCCGCCAUGGGGAAGCGCUUCUAUUUUGUCCGCUCCAAGGUGGACCAAGACCUGCAGGCUUCACGGCGACGAAGGCCGGCUCGUUUCCAGGAGGUCCGAGUGCUGCGGGAGAUAGAGGAUGAUUGCCUCCGCCAACUGAAGAAAGAAGGCUUGGAUUACCCAAAGGUCUUCUUGGUCUCCAGCUUUGAGUUGCACAGAUUUGACUUCCAGCGCCUUCAGGACACUCUGGCUGAGGAGUUAGAAGGCCAUAAGCGCCAUGCCUUGUUGCUUUCUUUCCCCUCCAUCACCACAGAGGCUGUGCAGAAGAAGAAACAUUCGCUGCGCAAACACAUCUGGAAGAAAGCCCUCUUGGCGUGUUUCGUCUCUGCCUUGCCUGGCUGCCCUCUCCACCUUAACAUCCCUCUGCUGAUGAGCACUCUAGACUCGUACCGCAGGAGUUUCGGCUUGGACGAGGCCUCCAUGGAGGCAUUGGCGAUCACAGCCUCGAAGCCCUCUUAUGAACUGAAAAAGCAGGUGUGUUCAACAUUGGGGAAGGACUUCUCGGAGAACUCCGUCCAGGGCAUCCUCAGACAAGCGGCCGUUUAUGGGCAGGUGGCUGCCCAGCUGGUGAAGAACAAGGUGCCCCUUUUGGACAAUUUGGUAGCUGGGGGGAUCUCUUUUGUCGCUGCUUAUUACCUCCUGCACACUGCUCUGGACAGCUUUGCGCAAGAUGCCGAGAGGGUCCUUGUGAGGGCCUACGAUCUGGAGGAUGAAUUCCAGGGCUCGACCUUCUACCCUCCAGAACCUGGAUUCAUCUAUGAUUAAAGAUGGACCACAAAAGCUACCCAAGAUUUUUUUUUGUAAGAAUAAUGGAGGAUAGGUGUUCUGUCUCUCUCUUAUGCUCCAGCCGUCCUCUCCUGCUUCACAUUUGCUUUGCUCCAACCACCCGGGAGAACAGUCUGUGAACUCUGUCCAUCUUCUUCCUUGUUCUACCAAUGGAUCCUUAGAUAACUCUUCGGCGGAGAUCUCCAAGGAGCGAUGCUACACAAUUUGGAAGCAUUUCCUCACAUUCCUAUCAGACAGAGUAUGACUUGAGUAUUGGAAAAGUUGCCUCGUGCCAUGAAAGAUGAACCAAACACUAGGGUUGACGGUCAAGAAUGCAUAUAUGGCUGCCCAAUAGAAUAGAGUGAGGUCUUUCCUCUAUCCUACGAUACCAAAUGGGCUUUGCCUUCACCCCUCACAUCACCGACUAGCCAAAAACAAAAGGAAAAACAACAACAACAACAACCAGGGCAAUAAACAAAAAGCAAAAGAUCUACACAACUCUACCGGAGCCAACUGUGUUUACGUUGGACCUUACAGGUUGAAAGUCUACCAAAAGGUCUGGGAAUUUCCCCUUCACCUGAUCAUUGCAGAGUGGGGUGUGGGGUGUGUGGAGUGAGUUUCCACCAACAUCUCACCUUUAUUAUUAUUUUUUUUUAGGGGACUGAUUUUCUAGAGAAGGUGGAAAUUGUCUUUUUGGAUUGCUGCACCCAGAGUAAUCUGUGCUGGGUGAGGUUCUCUGGAAGUGGUUGCUAAACUUAAGCCGACGUCUCCCCAGCUCUAUAGGUCUCCCAGCAACAGGUUUUGUUGCAAAGAUUAUAACUAUCUUCUGACUUGGUCUUUUUUUCUUUUAAAUGAUUUAAUAGAAAGGAAUCUGAUGGGCAUGGAGUGGGUGCAGAGGAAUGUGAAAACUGGAAUGGUUGGCCAACUGCUGGACAUUCCAUAGAAUGAAUAGGAGUGCUGACUAGCUACUUCUGCUCUUAAGGAACCAUUUGAUGUGUUGCUACGAAAAUGGAUCUUCUGAGUUUGUCUUUCAGAGUCCUUGCUCUCUCUCUCUCUUAGCAUAAGCCUAGCCGGGCCUUGCCCUUCUUGAAUCUGAGGCGGUAUCAGUUUGGAGGAAAGAUUGUGCAAUGGGACAGCAGUAUCCACAGGGGACUUGUUCCAAAUCCCACCCACCCUCCCAUUGAUGUUGGAACUCACAUACGUAGGAACCCUAGAUAUAGUAUAAUCUUUGGUCCCCUCUAGUGUCCAGUUCUGGUUCUACAUCUUAGAAAUGCACAUUUAUAGGGUUUUUAAUUUAAUAUUUUUAAGCAGUGGAUAAGUGAAACCAUGGUUACAGCAGUACUACUACACUUUAGUAGGUCCAGCUUGCUUUUAUAUAUGAAGACUCAUGUGAAUUGGAAGUAUUAUGGGCGGGAUCAGUAGGAGACAAUAUUAAUGGAAGGCAAUGGUUUUACUUGAGAGGAAAAAGAAUCCUGGUGCCCUUUUGAUGUGUGCAUCACAAUCUCUCCCUACACACCAGUUACAUGAGUACCUAUAGCUCCUGGCUAUAAUUUUCAUGUGCUAGAUGGAUUGACCAGCUCAUGUCCUUUUUUAAAGAUGAAUCUACAUUUUCUAACAAACUAUUUUGAUCUCAGAGCUCUAAUGCAGAAAAAUAUAUAUAUUUUUGCCCUUAACUUGACUAACUGGACAAAAUACGGCUUAUAUUUACAAAGUAAAGGAUAUUUCUAUUCAGUAAAAUAUUUAUUCUUCCA